AUGCCGAAAACUGUCUUCCUCCUCAAGCGCUUGGCUUGCGCUCCUCUGAAACGAAGACCACCGAUCUUAACUGUCUCUAGAAGUUUCAGCGAAGGCCUGCGGCUGUCGUCCACAGCCCCCAACCCUAAGAAGGAUCAAGAUGGCUCAACGUCCUCGCAGGAGAAUGCUCCCCCUAAAUCCCCGUCAAUGGGGGACCUUCUAGCCAAUACAAAUCCUCAAGACAAUUCUCUGCUUGCCCCCAUACAUAUAGCAGAAGAUGCAAAUGCUAUCCUCAAGUCUGAUCAUCCCUCCGUCGACAUCCUAUCGCAGUCAGGCAUUGUCGUCCAACGGCAACUCGAGAUGAUGAAUAUAUUUCUCGGCUUCGAGCAGGCCAAUCGAUAUGUUAUACUUGAUCCACACGGGAAUCACAUUGGGUACAUGGCUGAGCACGAAGGCGGCAUUGGGCACACAAUGAGGAGGCAAUUCUUCACAACACAUCGUGCAUUUACUACCCACGUCUUCAAUCGUCAAUCGAGGGAGGUGUUGAGAUUCCAUCGCCCGUUUUCGUGGAUCAACACUCGCAUCCGGGUCUACGAUCCCUGGGAUACCCCUUCAGAGACUCAAAAGUCGACUUCCACUAUGCUCGCCCCACAAAGCAAUACCGAUCCCAUAGGCCAGCCGCAAAUAUCUCCUCUUCCACUGGAAGCAAUGCGCGUAAUUGGUGAGACGCAUUCACAAUGGGCACCACUGCGCCGUAAAUACGAUCUCUUUCUUUCCCAUGACCUCGCCUUGAAUGAAGCUGACCCCAACCCAAUGUCAAGGAAGAGAAGUGAAGGGCUGUCGAGUUUGCAGCAGAGCCAGAUCGCAGAAAAUAACAGAUCUAGUUCGACCACAGACUUUACCCAAUUCGCCGCGGUAAAUGAGCCCUUCUUGUCUUGGGAUUUCUCACUGUUGGAUCAAAACAAUCGCAAGAUUGGAUCGGUCAACCGGGAAUUUCGAGGGUUUGGACGAGAGCUAUUCACAGAUACUGGAAGCUACGUCUUACGGAUGGACGCGGCUGGGAUGGAAGAUCAAGGAGAUAAGCAUGGUGACCGUGCCUACGCAGAGGCAUUGGGAGGGCGAGAGAGCAACUAUGGGAUGACCCUUGAUCAAAGAGCAGUGAUGCUUGCCACCGCCGUGACGAUCGAUUAUGACUAUUUCUCUCGCCAUAGCGGAGGACACGGUUUCUUCCCAAUUUGGCUUGGAGGUGGUGGCGGAGAGGCUGCCGGCGGGGCAGUCGGAGCUGGGGCCGCCGGCGCCGGAGAGGCUGCAGGAGCUGUUGGAGCUGCUGGUGCCGCUGAAGCUGGUGGUGCUGUUGUUGGAGGAGCUGGUCGGGCCGUUGGAUCAGCUGCCGGAGGAGCUGCGGGGAUUGGUGAGGGUGCUAUGGCUGGUGCCGGAACCAUGGCAGGCUACGAAGCAAUGCAAAGGGGAAUGGGCCGAAGAUCCGAAGCCGCAGAGGAUAGCAACAGUCCUCAGCAGCAGCAGCCGCCGCCGCCGUCUCCAGAGCAGCCUCAUGGCCAACCCGACGAUACUCAAUCUCCACAAAGUGGUUUUGGCGAGCCGCAUCAAGGUGAAGAUAUCUGGGGUUCCGAAGAUUCGGAACCUUUCAAAGAUGGAGCUCAAGGAGGAGGUGAAGGCGGGGGAGGCGGCUGGUUUUCAGAUUUGUGGGAUUCUUUUUGGAAUAACUAA